UCUUUCCUGACUCCUCCACCACUCAACCCCUUGGAGACCAGGCAACCACUUAACACAUGGUGAGAUGAGGGGCAUUGAAGACACCAGGCAGCGAUGGAACUCCCUGUUUCGCGACAAUCAGACCCCCUCUGACCUCCGAGCAGCAUUCAAAUCCGAACAAGGGGACGAACUAUGCAACGAUGGACUUAGAUCGAUUUGUUGGAAGGCAUGCGUUUUGUAGCCAUUCUCAACUGGCUAUCCGCUUACCUGAGCGCAGGCAUUCCUGCUCUUCGACAACCUCGACCGCACACAAUGGCCGCAGAAGAUCUCCGAAUCGCGGAGCGCCUACGAUGCCCUGAAGGCCCAUUUCUUGAAAUACAUAAACCACCCCGACGAUUUGGAGUCGACGGUAGACCCACUGGCGGAUGACGAAGAGGUAUGCCUCGUGUGCUUUUCUUGGUUUUGAUGUGCUCGAAUCCACUUCUGACGGUCUCUCCGCAGUCCCCUUGGCAGACACUUCGACGCGACGAACAGAUGCGGGCAGAUAUAUCGCAGGAUGUCGAUAGGUGUUUGCAAGAGAACUUCUUCUUUCGGGAACCAGCUACGAAAGAGAAAAUGAUCGAUAUUCUCUUCAUCUAUUCCAAGCUUAACCCCGAUCUUGGGUACCGCCAAGGCAUGCAUGAGCUAUUGGCGCCUAUCUUGUGGGUGGUCGACAAAGAUGCGGUUGGAACAAAGUCACUCGAAGGAACAGGCUCGACGGGGGAAGACGACGACUUUCUCGUGCAACUUCUGAGUUUGGAGUAUGUAGAACACGACUCAUUUACAUUGUUCUGCUCGGUCAUGCAAAGUACUCGGUCAUAUUAUGAGCACAAUAGACACCGAUCCGCGAACGGCCAGAUGGAUGUCGUGCCAAUCGUGAACCAAUGCCACCAUAUUCACAACGAACUCCUGAUGACUACAGAUCUAGAAUUGGCGGAUCACCUACAAGCGCUGGAGAUCUUGCCGCAGAUAUUUCUCACUCGUUGGUUGCGUUUAUUGUUCGGUCGCGAGUUUCCAUUCCAAGACGUACUGGUGGUUUGGGAUGUCCUCUUUUCCGAAGGGUUGCGGCCGGAACUCAUUGAUUUCGUAUGCGUUGCGAUGCUGUUACGCAUUCGCUGGCAAUUACUCGAAGCCGAUGCUUCGACGGCUUUUACCGUGCUGCUCCGCUACCCCUCUCCUCACCCACAUGAACCACAGAGCUUCGUGCGCGAUGCUGUCUAUCUAGAGCAGAACCCCACACCGGACAGAGGGGCUUUUAUUAUCUCCAAAUAUUCGGGGAAACCGCCAGACUCUUCCAAGCGCUUCAGUCAGUCGCAUUCCCGGUCCUUCUCAGGAAUCAAGUCUCACCUUCGCGGCGAUCUAUGGGAUACAAGUGAGGGAAGCUCUCCUUCGAGGUCACCCGCAAGAGAUAGUCCCAAGGGAUUGGAAGCAUUGUUCCAGGAUGUUUCGGAAGGUAUUCAACGACGCACGGAGUCAUGGGGCGUUGCCAAGGCUGUUCGAGGAGCCGUGAGUGAAGCCAAAAAGAAUAUGCAGACGAUCCAAGCAGAGCACUAUUCUCGUCAAAGAUACGAUGAGGCUUCUUCUGCUCACACGUCUGGUGCAUCAUACACGCACGAUUCAGACGCCGUCGUCCACCUGAAGACCAAAGUCGAAGCCUUGGAGGCGCGAAAUCAAAUGCUCGCAAAGACUUUAAGCCAAGCCUUGAAUGACAUACGGUCGCGAAUGAUGAAAGCCGAAGGGCUGGAUACAACCACUGCCGAUACCGUGAAACAAGCUCUCACCAAAGUGCAAUCGGUCCAAACCUGUCUCGAGAACCCUUCCAGUCCUUUGGCCUCUGGUGUUCGAACUCCCAAUGCAGCUGCAGAUACGGAUUCAGACAAGAUAUCGGCCGCACUUCCACUUGGAGGAGGUAAACCGGAAGACGAGACAAGCAGUAGCAACAAGUCUCCCCCGGUUGCCGCCGAGCCACUUGCUAAGUCGCCCACUUCGCCCGUGGCGAAUGACUUCAAGAGCCGUAGUCGCCCUCACAUACCAUCUUCGAUGCCAUUGCGACACGCAACACGUCCAUCUCUUGCGGAUUCCGAGUUCUCUUGGAUGCUGGGUGGUAACCGGCAUCUCUCCAGCUUUGUGAGUCCGGCAUCGGUACCGCCCGAGCAAACUCGGCACGGCGAGACGAAAGGCAAACCGAACAAUCUUUUCGGCAACGGAGACGACGAGCUGAGAAGAGCCGAUGCCGAUCUUGAUGGAUUGGCAUUGAGGAGUCUCCGGGGGCCGAAAGGUGGGGAAUAGAAGGGUCCAUGUUUCUUUUUUCUUCCCCUUGACACCCAUCUUGAUAUACCCGCGUUCGUAUACGCAACUUUCUUUAGAAGGCGAGAAACUCAUGUCGUUAUGAAUAGAGACUAGACUCCGCAGUCAGAUCUACGAAAUGCUUUCUUUUA